CCCUCCCCCUCGGCGGGCGCGCACAGGCCGCUCAGGCAGAGCGAGCACUGGAGCCCCCGCCGGCCUGUGCACCCCGAGCCAGCAUGGACCCUGGGCGCUGCACGCCCUUCGGCGUGGGGCCGGGGCCUGGCUCCUAUGCAGCCGCGGGGGACGAGCCUCCCGGCCCCCCGGGGACCCCGGCCACUGCGCCUCACCUGCACCCCGCGCCACCCCGCGGCCCGCGGCUGACCCGCUUUCCGGCCUGCGGGCCCCUGGAGCCCUACCUCCCAGAGCCGGCCAAGCCACCAGCCAAGUACCUGCAGGACCUCGGGCCCAGCCCGGCGCUCAACGGCGGCCACUUCUACGAAGGCCCCGCAGAAGCUGAAGAGAAGGCCUCGAAAGCUGCCAGCUUCCCCCAGCUGCCCUUGGACUGCCGAGGAGGCCCCGGGGACAGACCCUCUAAUGUGCAAGGCUCCCCAGGCCCCUGUCUCGCUAGCCUGCGUGUCCCUCUGUCCCCUGGACUCCCCGAGUCCAUGGAGUUGGCCAAGAACAAGAGCAAGAAACGCCGCAACCGCACCACUUUCAGCACCUUCCAGCUGGAGGAGCUAGAGAAGGUCUUCCAGAAGACCCACUACCCUGAUGUUUAUGCCCGGGAGCAGCUGGCUCUGCGCACAGACCUGACCGAGGCCCGGGUACAGGUUUGGUUCCAGAACCGCAGAGCCAAGUGGCGGAAGCGAGAGCGUUAUGGGAAGAUCCAGGAGGGUCGGAACCCUUUCACAGCUGCCUAUGACAUCUCUGUGCUGCCCCGGACCAACAGCCACCCGCAGCUGCAGAACUCCCUGUGGCCCAGCCCAGGGUCGGGGAGCCCCGGGGGCCCCUGCCUGGUGUCGCCAGAGGGCAUCCCCUCCCCGUGCAUGUCUCCAUACUCUCACUCCCAUGGGAAUGUCGCUGGUUUCAUGGGGGUGCCAGCUUCCCCUGGACACCACCCUGGCAUCUACUCCAUCCACGGUUUUUCCCCAACCCUGGGGGGCCACAGCUUUGAGCCCUCCCCGGACAGCAACUAUAAGUCUCCAGGCCUCGUCUCACUCAGGGUGAAGCCCAAGGAGCCGCCUAGCUUGCUGAACUGGACCACGUGAUCAACAGCAGGAAGCACAGACUGAGCUGCUCACCCCGUCUGCAGCUGCUCCCACCC